ACAAUUCCUCUGACGCCCUAGGAGACGGAGAAGAAGAAGAAGAAGGGGAAGGGAAAGAGAAACCACUCCCUUCUCCCCCCCAAACAUCCAUCGUCAUCUUCAUCGUCAUCGCCAUCAUUUCGAGCUUCUUCGCAGGCAAAAAGACAGAGAGAAGAAGAAGAAGAAGGAGGAGAAGAAGAUCAUGAACAAUCGCUCCGGCCGCAGCUCUCGCGCGCUCUGAUUCGCUCCCCCUCCUCGCCAUUCCUCGCUUCGAUUCGCGAGCAUUUGCCCUAGAUCUGUACAAACAACUCUCUCUCUCGGUGCGCGAUUCUCUCUCCCCCUCCCUCCCUCCCUCCCUCUCCUGCCUUCGCCGCCGGAUCGUCCUUAGGGUUUCCCAAAUCGCCGCCGUGUCCGUUGGAAGUGGCAGCCUCUUUUUGUACCCACGGUUUCCGCCUCCAAUCGACCCGCGCUCGGCCGCGCCCCCCCCAAAACCCUAGAAGCUAGCGGGCGUUUUGCUUUCGGCUUCCGUUUCGAGUCUGUAUAGGGCGCCGGACGUUCGGUUUUAGCAGAUUUUCUGUCUUUUUCUUUUCGGCAGGCAGAGGAGCGUUAGGUGUAGUCUUGGUUCGUUCGCCAGUUUGUGUAUACACAGGAAGGGGUAGUUGUUAGCUUUCCUUUUUUUAGUGGAUUCGUGGUUAGCGAUGAUGAACAAUAGAGCUAGGUAUCCGCCGGGAAUCGGCGCAGGCAGGGGCGUGAACGCGGGCCCUGCGUUCCAGACGAGGACGCCUCAGCCGCAGUAUGUGCAGAGAGGCCAGUUAGGACAGCCGACGCAGUAUCAGCAGAAUCACCACCAACAGCAGCAGCAUCAGCAGCAACAGCAUCAGCAGCAUCAGCAUCAGCAGCAUCAGCAGCAUCAGCAGUGGCUUAGGAGAACUCAAUUAGGAAGCGUGGAUUCAACAGUCGAUGAGGUCGAGAAGACGGUGCAGUCAGAGGCCGACGAUUCAAGUUCACAAGAUUGGAAGGCAAGGCUAAAGAUACCACCACCUGAUACACGCUACAGGACAGAGGAUGUGACAGCAACUAAAGGAAAUGAAUUCGAGGACUACUUUCUGAAGCGCGAGCUCCUUAUGGGUAUUUAUGAGAAAGGAUUUGAAAGACCUUCUCCUAUCCAGGAAGAAAGCAUUCCAAUUGCUCUAACUGGUAGUGACAUUCUUGCUAGAGCUAAAAAUGGAACUGGAAAAACUGCUGCAUUCUGCAUUCCUGCCUUGGAAAAGAUUGAUCAAGAUAACAAUGUUAUUCAAGUUGUCAUACUCGUUCCAACCCGGGAAUUGGCUCUUCAGACGUCACAAGUAUGUAAGGAGCUUGGGAAGCACUUGCAAAUUCAAGUGAUGGUGACCACUGGUGGAACAAGCUUAAAGGAUGAUAUUAUGCGUUUGUAUCAACCUGUUCAUUUACUUGUUGGAACACCUGGAAGAAUCUUGGAUCUUGCAAAGAAGGGAGUGUGCAUAAUGAAAGAUUGUUCAAUGCUUGUUAUGGAUGAGGCUGAUAAGCUCUUGUCACCAGAAUUUCAACCAUCGGUGGAGCAACUGAUUCGAUUUUUGCCAGGCACUCGUCAAAUCUUGAUGUAUUCAGCCACAUUUCCUGUUACUGUGAAGUAUUUCAAGGAUAGAUAUCUGCAGAAACCUUAUGUUAUUAACCUUAUGGACGAGCUCACACUGAAAGGUAUUACUCAAUAUUAUGCUUUUGUUGAAGAACGGCAGAAGGUGCAUUGUCUCAACACACUGUUCUCAAAGCUUCAAAUCAACCAAUCGAUCAUUUUUUGCAACUCAGUCAAUCGGGUGGAGCUUUUAGCCAAGAAAAUAACUGAACUCGGCUACUCUUGUUUCUACAUUCAUGCCAAGAUGCUGCAAGACCAUCGGAACAGAGUUUUUCACGAUUUCCGUAAUGGUGCCUGCAGAAAUCUUGUUUGUACUGAUCUAUUCACUAGGGGUAUUGACAUUCAAGCUGUGAAUGUCGUUAUUAACUUUGAUUUCCCCAAGAACUCUGAAACUUACUUGCACAGGGUUGGUCGUUCAGGAAGAUUUGGCCACCUAGGUUUAGCUGUCAAUCUUAUCACAUAUGAGGAUCGCUUCAACUUGUAUAGGAUUGAGCAAGAACUUGGAACUGAGAUAAAACAGAUUCCUCCACAUAUUGAUCAGGCAAUUUAUUGUCGGUGAUAUAUGGGAGAAAUCUUGGUGCAGUACCGACUUGGAAAUGGGGCCAAUGAAGCUGCCGGAUUCAAUAAGUGGGCGCGGGCAGCUUGUGGAAGGGUAAAUUGUGAGGGAUUAAUAUGAGAAGACAUUUUGGUGGACGCCCAAAUAUGAGUGUUAAUGAUGGUUUUAAUGGUGUCUGGAUUGUGUAACCCGGAUUUAUAUCAGGAGAUUCCUGAGAGUUGGUAGGUGAUCUACACAAGUCUCGGGAAGACGUAUGGGUUCGAUUUACCUUUGAAUUUCCUCAAGAGACGUUUCCCUCUUGUUUUCUCCUGUAUCGUCUCGAAUGUUCUUGUUCCCUUUGUUUUAGAAAGAUUGAUCACUGUGGACAGAUGUACCUUGGGUCUAA